UGUUCGAUUUCUUCAUUUCUUCUUUUUAUCUAUCCCGUCUUCUCAGAUUCGCUUUUCGUUUGUCGUGAUUUCUCGAUUUGGAUAUGGUCGCUCUUCGAUUCUUGUUCCAAUGAUCCGACUCUAGCUUUGUCGCCUGAGAUCUCUGCAAUCGGAUUCGAUUUAUAGAAAGGGGUGUUUAUAUUUUGAAUUUAUAUUAUCUUUGGGAAAUAUAGGGUUUCGAAGAGCAUAAGAGUUAAAAAUGCGGGUGUCCUCUGAGAUACUCCUCCUUUCUUUGGUUCCUGCGUUGACUUUUUAUCAUUCUGGUUUGAGUUCUAAUCGUUUGAAACCUCUUCAGAAGAGUGAUUGGCGUGGUAAUCUUAGUUAAAUAGUUUCUCCCUCUCUUCAAUCUUCUUUCUCGGGUUUUUUUUUUUGCCUUUAUAGAUCUCUUUGAUCUUUGUCGUCCCCGUCUGGUUCUCACCAUUUCCCUAGCUCGGAUUAAGCUAAUCGAAAAAGAAGUAGCUUGAGAUCUCUUUCUUAGUCAGUGGUUCCAUCUUUCGGUGUUUUUUUUUUUUGACGUUUCGUGUGCUCGAUUUGCGACGCAAGAGUUGCGUUUGGAUAUGAGCUCUGUUUGUGGUGGGUUGGAUUUCAAAGAUGCAGAGUCUCACCUUGAGAGCAGCUCUGCUUCCAGUGCCAGUAAAUGUUCUAAUGGCGCAAAGCAUGUCUCUUGUCCUGGAUCUGAUGAUGCUCAAGAGUCUGAUGGUGAUGAUAGUAGUGGUUUUAUACACCAAAAUGUGAUUGAAGAAGCUAAAGACAUUCCUGAGUCUUUGCCUCUCAUUUCUUUGGAUGAUGAAACUGAAGACAGGAACCUUGCAACCGCAUUGCAAGACAUGUUCUCUGAGAGUAUGAGUGUGGUUACUUUGAUUCCUGCCAUUAAAGGUGGUCGAGAGAAACAUGGCAAGUCACUCAAGAAGCUGAGUGUGACAUGGGCUGAAGAUGUUUAUGAUCCUCCGCCCUCUAUUGUCUCUCACACAAGAAGCAAGAAACAGCAACCGCAGAAAUCAAAGAGCAAAGACAACCUGAAGAAGAAUGGAAAGAAAGGUCAGAAGGGAAGCAGCAAUUCCCGUGGCAGCAAAGACAAGAAGCAGACUUCUUCUCGCAGCAGCAAAUACAAUCGUGAUAAAUUUGAUUGGACAACGCAAGUGUCUAUUAUAGCUGCAUCUUCUUGAAUCUGUGUGACACGACCAAGGCAUUUGCGUCUUCCUUACUCUUUCGUCCGUCCUCUCUCUUUGGCCUUCGCUUGUUUAUAAAUAAAAUAUUUUGUGUGAAAACUUUCUAAGUUUCAGAAACGACUUUUGUUAUUCGUACGGAAUUGGUUUUGAUUUUACACGAAUUACCAACUAUUGUGAAGCUGUUUCCUCUCCA